UGGCCCUUUCUUCCCAGUCCCUCCCACAGUGUCAGUGGGAGGGUAGGUCAUUCUGGGAUGAGAGAGCGGACUCUGGCUGGCAAGUCAGUGCUGCCACAGCUAGGCAGAGCACUCUAGUGACUGGAGCUGGAGGAGGAGGAGGAGGAAGAGGAAGAAAAAAGGAGGGAGAAGAAGAGGCAGUCAGCAACAAGGGGCAGUGGCCCCACCCUGGUGGCAUUAUGCCACUAGCCACAACCAAAGUGGCAACACGGCUGGCCCAAGGGGUGACACCAAAAAGAGCAGCGGUGGCACUCUUGGUGGCCGCCUACGGUGCCAAGAAGUUGUACCCGGUCCUGAGGCGACAGUGGGCCACCUCUGACCUUCCGCAGAACCCAAACCCAAGCUCCACAGGGAACACAGGGAAUCCUAGUGAGCCACCAGCCAAGUGGAAGACACCGGUGGAGGCUGCGGCAUUGGCAUCACCCCCAGGGGUAAACAGGGUGUUCUUCCUGCGCCUCUUGCGCCUCCUGCGUUUGUUGUUCCCGGGGCCUCUGUGUCGGCAAACAGGGCUCCUGGUCUUACACUCGGCUGCCCUUGCCAGCCGCACCUUCCUCUCAGUUUACGUGGCCCAGUUGGACGGGCGCUUGGCCCGCUGCAUCGUCCGCAAGAACCCGCGCGACUUUACGUGGCAACUUCUCCAGUGGCUUUUCAUUGCCCUUCCGGCCACCUUUGUCAACAGUGCCAUCCGCUACCUGGAGGGGCAACUGAGCCUGGCCUUCCGUGGACGCUUGGUGAGCCAUGCCUAUCAGCUGUACUUCGAGGGCCAGACCUACUACCGGGUCAGCAACAUGGAUGGGCGCCUGCGCAACCCAGACCAGUCUCUCACGGAAGAUCUGGUAGCCUUCGCUAACUCGGUGGCCCACCUCUACUCCAAUGUGACUAAACCGGUCCUUGACCUCAUAGUGACUUCCUAUACCCUGGUCAGCUCGGCCAGAUCAAAGGGGGCCGACACCGUCUGGCCCUCGGUCAUCGCCGGGCUGGUGGUUGGCAUCACUGCCAAGGUGCUGCGGGCCUGUUCACCAAAGUUUGGCCAACUGGUGGCUGAGGAGGCCCGUCGGAAAGGAGAGCUGCGCUACAUGCAUUCCCGGGUGGUGGCCAACUCUGAAGAGAUUGCCUUCUAUGGGGGGCACAAGGUGGAAUUGUCCCUCCUACGGCACUGCUAUCGUGAGCUGGCCUCCCAGAUUAAUGUAUUGCUCUUGGAGAGACUCUGGUAUGUCAUGCUGGAACAGUUCCUCAUGAAGUAUGUGUGGAGUGCUGCCGGGUUGGUCAUGGUGGCUGUGCCAAUUAUAACUGCUACUGGCUACUCUGAGACAGACACGGAGGCAGUGAAGCAGGCGGCUCUGGAAAUGGAGGAGCAAGAGCUGGUGAGCUUGAGGACUGAAGCCUUCACCACCGCCCGGAGUCUGCUUACUGCAGCAGCAGAUGCAACAGAAAGGGUCAUCUCUUCUUACAAAGAGGUGACUGAACUGGCUGGCUAUACUGCCCGGGUAUAUGAGAUGUUCCAAGUGUUUGAGGACGUGCAGCGCUGCAACUUCCGACGUCCUGGAGAGCUUGAAGAGACUCAGCCUCGUACAGGGGCAGCGAGGCAGCAUGGUGUGCGAGUAGAAGGGCCUCUCCGGAUACAAGGACGUGUGAUUGAUGUUGAUAAUGGCAUUAUCUGUGAGAACAUCCCCAUCAUCACUCCCACAGGAGACGUGGUGGUCGCUAGCCUCAAUAUCCGAGUGGACGAGGGCAUGCACCUCUUGAUCACAGGCCCAAACGGCUGUGGCAAAAGCUCACUGUUCCGGAUCCUGGGGGGCCUCUGGCCAACAUAUGAUGGCAUCCUCUAUAAGCCACCACCUCAUCGGAUGUUCUACAUUCCACAGAGGCCAUACAUGUCUGUGGGAACCCUGCGGGAUCAGGUGAUCUACCCAGACACAGCACAGGACAUGGCACGGAAGGGAAAGACAGAUGCUGAUCUGGAGCGGAUCCUUGACAUUGUCAAUCUCAACUACAUUGUGCAGCGUGAGGGAGGCUGGGAAGCAGUCAGUGAUUGGAAGGAUGUACUUUCGGGUGGUGAGAAGCAGCAUGGGAUGGCCCGCAUGUUCUACCACAGGCCAAAGUAUGCUCUCCUGGAUGAAUGCACAAGUGCGGUCAGCAUUGACGUAGAAGGCAAGAUCUUCCAGGCAGCAAAGGAUGCUGGGAUAGCACUGCUCUCCAUCACCCAUCGACCUUCACUAUGGAAGUACCAUACCCAUCUUCUCCAAUUUGAUGGAGAAGGAGGCUGGCGUUUUGAAAAACUAGACCCUGCAGCCCGUCUGUCCCUGCGGGAGGAGAAGCAACGCCUAGAACAGCAACUUGCUGGCGUCCCUGAAAUGCAACAGCGUCUCGGUGAACUCUGUCAAAUCCUGGGUGAAAACACAACAACCUCUGCAGUGGUGGAACAGGUUUGAGGUUCCGACAUCCUGAAACAUCCCCUUCCCACUCUUGCCAUGGCUUAGCUGUGUGUUCGAUAAGAGAGAUCCUGGCUUCCACCUCAGGAGCUGCACAAAAAGGAUCAGGGAUCUCCCCAACUAAAUGAAGGAGCAACCCUAAUUUUUUCCCGUGCUGAGACAGUUCUCAUUUCUGGUACCCAUUUUCUGUGCACUUAGUAAUCGUCUCUGACUCUCUUGUCUUGGUUCAGGGCAGAAGGGGUCAAACUAUAUUGCCAAGCAUCUCUGAACUCUGUCCUUCCAUGUGGGAGGUGACUUCUUGUAAACACAGUGCCUGAAUAUCCACCAAGAUAGCAACUCCAAAGCUCCUCCUCUGGUAAGAAUGUGUUGCCCCACUGCCAGUCUUCUGUGUCCACUGAUGUUUUGGGGAGACCACCCAGCAGCAGUCAUUGCCAUUACUUCAUAUGGCCUGGCAGCUUUACUUGGAUUAGUUAUGGCCUUUCUUCACCAAAACAACUACACAAAGUUUUAACACAAAUCAAAGCCAUGAAUGUAGCGCUUGCAUCUCUCUCCCCUUUGUUGCCUCCCCUCCCUGAUGCCCACUUUUUGCCACUACUGCAGAACCUAGCUGGACUGUGAUGCUGAAAACCAACAGCUGGAUUAUGUAAUGCUGAAACGUUGAACUUGAAAUCCAUAUUUGGAGGUAUGCCUCUGUCUUUGGGAGGCAUUUGGGUGAAAUGACAUAGGGGAGGAAUACAGCAAGCGAAAAAAAAAUUGUUAUAGGUUCAUAGUUUUCACCUGUGUUCUGCUAACCCCUGGUGUUCCUCAGAGGUUUACAAAGACCUCCUCUUUGAGGAGGCAGGUAAAAUAAUUCAGUUUUUUAAAAGAAAAAAAGAGGUAUUAUGUUCACAGUCUCCCACAGCUGUGCUGGUAUCUGGGGCUCAUUCUAGGUGUGUUCUGUGGGUGCCAUAGCUCAGAUCUGAUUGGCAACCUAUAAAAACAAAAGUACAAUAUGUCACAGAAAUUGCUGCACUACACAAGGAGAUUCCAAUUUCUGAUCCACAGUGAGUCCUCAGCAGAUAAACUUGAGGUGCAAGAGGCCUUGGAGCAAGGUAUUUUGAAAACCACUGUUCUACAAUAACAUGUUAUACCUUUACAUGGUCACAGUGCCACUUAAAAUAUAAAUCCCUGUCCAUUUUAUUAGCAGCCUUGUCCACAUGACUUUUCAUCCCUGUCAACAUUUUCAGCUUUGAGUAUAAAUGAUCCUUUAAGUUGGAGAAGCUGGUGUUCCCAGUUAAACCAAUGUCUCUUGCCAAAGUAGUGCGUAAGUGACCCAAAAGGUAAGCUCUAGAGUGGCUGCAGUGUUAUUUGUCCACUGCUGUUGUAGUUACUGCUAUGCCAGUUCUUCAAGGUUUCUUUUCCUUGAAACGUAUAAGGGGGUCAGAAAUGCUCAAGACCUUGUCUAGAGGGGGCUAUAUAGACUGGAGCCUGUAAAAGCUAUUUUUGGGGACUGCCUCCCUGAAGAUUCUGGAAAUUGUUGUCCAAACAAGGAACUUUUCUGAACUGUAAUACAGACAUAUUUUUACGUGCAAAUGAGAGGGCCUCAGCCGAUAAAGUUGCUUCUGUUCUACUUUCCAUCCUCUCUCUCCACAUGAGGAGGACAGCAGCUUGGACCUGGUUGCAUCCCACAAGUCUUUGUUCUUCUCCCCACUGUGUGUGAUGUGACUGAGGGUGGAGUCCAGCAAAGGAAUGGAGGAACUAUAUAUUUUUUUAAAAUUUAGAAGAUGAAGAAUGGAUGGUUGCCCUCCAUGCAGUUAUGCUAGUAAUGUUUUCCCACAGAUGCUUUUGAUUUCAAACAAGCAAACCCUGAGCCCUCUUGUAACUCAUGAAGGUUGUUGUUGGUGCUUUUGUUGUUUAAAUACUUGCUGCCAGUUGUGUUUUCCAUGUGAAGAAACAGACCAGCAACCAAACUACCUAAUGUGUGCUCAUGUGUAUUUGAAAUGAGCAUUCGCUACAACUGUAAAACAGGCUUUUCAUUUAAUCUUCAUAGGCUAGCUUUGGGCGUCAUUUGGCUCCACAAAGUGCACAAAGCCCUAAUAGUAGUAUCUCACUAGCUCUUCUCUCUCAGCUUUGCCAUUUUGCACAAGUGUCUUCUUCCUCUUCCCUCCCCUUCCCACUCUUCAGCCACGUGCAGUUAUUUUUGCUGCUGCUGCUUUUGCGUAUGCUUCACCCUGGUUGGCACCGUUUUUCUAGGCAAGUGAAGGAAUAUGGCUGCUUAGUGGAAAGAUGCAAACUAGCAUCCUAUUUCUCUUCUCUGGUGAAACAUCCUAUAGGGCUGGCAACAAUACUUAAUACACUUGGAUCUGGUGAUUGCUUUACUCUCCCAUGCAUGGGUCCAGGAAGUCACCCAAAAUGAUAAAAAUUUUCAUAGUGCUCCAGAAUGCCUAGCUUAACAUACUGGUCAAGAGCAUUGUGGGAAUUUUACAAGGGGUGCAGCAUCUUGGGGUGUGCAAAAGCUUGACACCAAAACUAGGGAUCAUACAACCAUCCAAAUCUUGUUGGACUGCAACUCCCAGCAUUCCUCACAAUUGGCAAGGCUAGCUAGGGCUGGUAGGAGUUGCAGUAUAACAAUCAUAUUAUUUGCCUCCUUCCCCCACUGCUUUAUGCUAUAAGCAAAUCUUAGGGCCCUACUCUUUCAUUUGUGCGCAGGGACUACUUUGGGCUUUUGAAUCCAUCCAAACAGGCCUCUUGAGCCACUGUCACUUGUCAUCCUUGCACUUGCGCAACUGUGCCCAUGGAUUUCUUUAUUCCUAGGGGCAACAGUUGGCAUCCUGGUCCACUAAGGGUAGUCCUGUGUGGUUGUACCCCCUCCCCCCAACACACAAAUAAGCACAUAGACAAUGCCAUACGGAGGAACAUGGCAGUCAAGUUGGAGCACCCAGCAGAUUGUUUGUUUACAAUAUCCUCAUGCUUUCUUCAUGGCUGACUUGGGCAAUCGCCAUAUCAACCUCAUGGUCAGUUUUAAAAGCAUAGGGACCAUGUCAUUUUGGGUUCAGGAUGGGACAUCUUUGUGUGUUCCUCUUAGGUGGAGCUGCAUGUGCAGAAAAAUGGGGUGGUGGUGGUAUUGGCAGUGGAUGGAAGAGUCUGUUCAGAUUGCAGGGAGCUGUCACAUUUGAAAAGAUAUUCCCUUAAGGAAAAAAUGUCAUGUAUGGUGU